AUGAUACCUUUGGAGUUGAAAGUCGAGGUGCAACCGUGCAAGGGAUGUAGGGUACAAAGAGCCGAGGAGAAGGGACUUUGGGGGUGCCGAGAGCUGGGCGAAAGGCGAGAGCGAGAGACGAGAGUCGAGGAAACAGAGGAUGUGAGAAGUGAAAUGAUGAAGGGAGCUGGGCUGUGGUGGAUCCUUGGAGGCUGCGGUGGAGAGGCCGAGAGGGAGAUGAUGAAGAGAAGUGAAAUGAGGCGCCUGCUCGCAGCUCGACCUAGGCUCUCGGAAAUCUCCUUCUCGCUCUCGCCCUUCGCCCUCUUUCGCGCACGAUCACUAUGGAACUCUCUCUUGUCAACUUGGAGCCCCGGAUUCUUGGAUUUUCUUCCUUACGUGGACUCGUUCAAGCACUACCCGAGUUCUGGUCUCCAAAUGAAUGCCUCUCAGCUGGUAAUCGAUUCGUUGGCUUGGCAAAGGGGUCCUCGGCUUAGAAUGUACCUCAAGAUUUUCCCGCCUUACAUCAAUGAUGGCACUCGAACGUUCAAUAGAAGUGAGGUCAUGAGGAUUGGAGAGACGUUUGGUGGGUGGAAGAUCCCUGAAAGUGGAUUGUUUGGACCUUACGAGUAUCUAAAUUUCACGCUCGUGGGUCCUUAUAGCGAAAUGUAUCCUCCUCGUUCAUCAUCUGGUUUAAGCAAACGAGCACUUGCAGGCGUGAUAGUUGGGACAAUAGCUGGAUCUGUUACUCUUUCUGCAAUUGUUUCACUUCUUAUCUUGAGACGACACCUCAAAAAACACCACCCAUCUUCAAAACGACGUCCUUCAAAAAGGAUCUCCAUCAGAAUUGAGGGCAUGAAGAAUUUCAGUUACAGUGAAAUGGCACUGGCAACAAACAACUUCAACUCCUCAACUGUUGUCGGUCAAGGAGGCUAUGGCAAAGUCCAUAAAGGCAUUCUUUCUGAUGGAACAGUUGUGGCCAUAAAACGUGCUCAAGAGGGUUCAUUGCAGGGUGACAAAGAGUUUCUUACAGAAAUAGAAUUAUUAUCGAGGUUGCAUCAUAGGAACCUUGUCUCGUUAGUUGGUUAUUGUGAUGACGAAGGUGAACAGAUGUUGGUGUAUCACUUCAUGUCAAAUGGUACCUUGAGAGAUCACCUGUCAGGAAAGUCUAGAAUGCCGUUGAAUUUCUCUAUGAGGGUCAAAAUCGCAUUGGGUUCGGCUAGAGGAAUACUCUACCUUCAUACUGAAGCCAAUCCCCCAAUAUUUCAUCGAGAUAUCAAGGCUACCAACAUAUUGCUUGACUCUAAUUUUAUCGCUAAAGUUGCCGAUUUUGGACUAUCACGGCUGGCUCCUGUUCCGGAGCUCGAAGGAGCCGAGCCUUCUCAUGUAUCCAUAGUUUGUUUUAAACAUUUAAUAUGUAACGGGUUGUAA